GAUCAUCAGCACGACAUCGAGCAAUGAACCAGCGCAGCAUUGAAACACAAAGAGAUUGGGAAACAGACAUAUCACACAAUGGAAGAAAGACAUCUCUUUUGCAUGCAGGCCUUGCAAGACGUCCAGAAGGGCUAGAAGGACGUCUUCUUGCCGGUCAUCAAUUCAACAAAACAGGCUCUCAUGAUCAUGAUCAACAUCAACAACAACUGGUGGCUACAAAUGAGAAUGAUAUUGAGAUCAACAACAUCAUCAACAAUGUUCAGACGGAUACACAUACCCAUGCGAAUUGUGGUGCUGAUUUUGAUGAUCGUUCAUCUCGCACAUCACAGCUGGGAACAGAUUCAGGAGAGGAAUCCACUCACCGAUCACAAAUGAACAGCUUGGACUCUGAGUAUGAGGCUGAGGGAAUGCCUGAGGAUGAUGAAGGCAAGGGUAAGCCUUCUUCAAGUGAGACUAAGACUGAUGUGUUCAAUGGUGAUGCGGAUGUGGCGGAUGCAGACUAUUCUUUCAAAAGGAGACGACUAUGUUGAACUUCAUAAUGUUCUACUGUUGACUUCACCUUCUCCUUAUGCUACAAGCCUUACGCCUGAGCUGCUGACAACCUCAGCUUGGUUUCACAAAACAUACAUGUGGUGAUUGCCACAUUAUGUAGCAUAUUGUAAUUCAUAAUUCGGCAGGCAGGAUUGAAACUAACAUUGAUGUGACAAA